AUGCCUCAUACACUUUCAACAAUCCCGCCGGAGCUCCUCACCGAGAUCCUGUCCUAUCUUGGUAUAACAGGUCUGAAGUUCCUUCGACGAGCAAUACCAUGCCGCAGGAUACUGAAUUUUACCGCGCAAAUCCUAUUCCGGGAAUUCACCAUCCGCUUGGCAACCCCAGCAGGGUCUGCUAUGAGAUUGGGAGAGCUUCUAAAUUACAAGCCUCCCUUGUCAGAGCCGACGGACACUGAUAGUGGAUAUUGUGGUAUUUUCGCCAACAUGAGGCGAUUCGUACUAGACACUCGAUAUCCGAUUAUCUCAAAUAAUGGCCGCGGUCUAGAGGCUAUAAAAUUAGGACGGGAUUUCUUAAGACAGGACCUACCAAAAUUGGCUAGCUACGUAGAGCGCCAACAGCUCGAAGGAUUAGAAAAUCUGAUAGAAGUGGUUGAGAAAAUAAUUGCCACGGGCUGCCGACUUACCGAGAUAAGUUGGUUAACGAGCGGUUCACUUUACCCCUAUGUUCAUGCAAGCCUAUCCUCGAUUUUGUGCUCUCCGGUAACGGAAAGACAGUACCAACUACAUGUGCUGUUGAUUACGAAUAGCGUCUCUAAUUUGAUGCACUACUGUCCCCAACUAUCGAAUCUACACCGGUUUACCAUCAGGUUUAUCGAAAAUCUUGAUACCGCCAAUAUAUAUAAUUGCUUAGAUCCGGAACAUGUCCAAUGCCUAGCCCAUGCUAUUUUGCGAUCCAAGGAUAGCCUGCAGCAUUUCAUGCUAGAUCUACGAAGUGUGCAAACAUCCCCUUGGGCAAAUAGGCCGCUAUUUGCCGCCUUAGAACAAGCAACAGAGCUCAGAUCAUUAGAAACAUAUGCCCUGAGUGGGUUCACACUCGAUCUAGAUUUCACAAACAUGAAGAAACUGGUGCAUAUUGCAUCCGCUCAAACCAAGGUUUGGCAACUCGCCGAAGGGAAGUAUACAGAAACAAACGACCCCUGGGAUCCCGACGACGAAGCUUCAUAUCAAAACAAGCUAUUCCAACAAAUCCUAAAUUCGGAUGUUCGACUAGAACGGGUAUGUGUUAUGAACUAUGGCAAAGCAAUUCACAAUUUCUUCCUAAGGAAUGAAAGUGGUAUCACACAUAUCGAUUUAUUCGGCAUAUCAGAAACGAACAAAGAAUUGGCACCUUUGUUUUGGCAGCAAGUAGUACCAAAAUACGCAGCGACGCUGAAGAAAAUUGGCGCCCGGUUUGCGAACGAUGACGGCGCAUGGAUUUGGAAAGAUGAUCCUCAAAACCUAGUCAAGGCAGCUCUUUCUCAAUGCAAGAAUCUAGAAGUACUAAAGAUUUGCUUCUACUACGGCUCUUCGUCUCCUGGGCAACCCACUCGCGUGGGUCGGAAUGAGAAUCACAUACUGCCGAUGAUCGAUAGCCUAUCGACAACCUGCUCAAAGCUUUCGACCAUCUACAUCGAUUUCUGUGGGCCAGCAGCCGAGUUACAAGCCGAGGACUCAAGAUGGCAAAUCUUGAAAUGGACAGGCCGGCCGAAGGAAGGCAUGUUGGAGGAAAGAUAUUUGGAUAUUAUAUUCGAGGUCCGAGCUGGGCCAUACGCCAGAACGACUGUUCCUGCCCUCAGUAAAAUAAGCCAGCUCCGAAAGAGGCUACUAGGAAGCUACCCAAAGAAGCCGGAUUAUUUGGCGGGAUACACCGGAAUGCCGCUUUUGUAUGACGCCCAUAUAAUUUCCUGGCGGCUCCCAAUUUCAGAAUGCAAGAAACCUGGAAGAUACAUGGCCUAUAGUGAUGAGGUAUACCGGUAUGAUGAUGGUUCAGAGAAAGAAUGGGGAGCAUACGAGGAGUUUCUUCGAUAUGUCUAG